GGCGUCGACACUGACACACUGACACUGCAGAGCGAAGUCACUAUGGUGUCGUCUCUCAUAAAGUUUCUUCCUCUGAUCGUAGUGAUCAUGACUGCGGGGGUUGAUGGUCAGCAGGAUUGGGGAGUGAAUUACAGCCAUUCAUAUGUUUGUGCAUUAAAGGGAUCAACAGUGAAAAUAUCCUGUACUGUAAGAUAUCCUGAUGAUCAUGAGCUCGUAACAGCUUUCUGGACCAAAACCUUUAGAGAAUCACCUGAUCUGUGUUCAGAUCCAGAGAAGAGAGGAGGGAUUCAGUGUUUGAGUGAAGAUAAAGACAUUUACAGCAUCACUUUGAUGGCUGUAACAGAAGCCGAUAAACACAUCUACUACUUUAAAUUUACUACAAACAUGGGUGUAAAAUGGACGGGUGUCCCUGGAGUUCAGCUUGACGUCACAGACCUGCAGGUGGAGACACAGCAGAGAGUGAAAGAGGGAGAUUCAGUCACUCUGACAUGUAAAAGCAGCUGCUCUCUGACUGAACAAACAACAUUCAUCUGGUACAGAAACACACAGAGAUUCACUGAAGGAAUUGUGAAAGAGAAUCAGCUUCAUCUGCAGUCAGUCAGUAGUUCUGAUGAAGGAAACUACAGAUGUGCCGUUACAGGACAUGAUCAUCUUCUCUCUCCGCCUGUUUAUCUUGAUGUUGAAUAUCCUCCAAAGAGUGUCUCAGUGUCCAUCAGUCCGUCUGGUGAAAUAGUGUCAGGAGAUUCAGUGACUCUGAACUGCAGCAGUGAUUCAAACCCUCCUGCUCUGAACUUCAGCUGGUUUAAUGAGAAUGAAACCUCAGCUGUUGGAUCUGGACAGAGUUUCAGCAUCUCCAGCUUUAGCUCCAGUUUCAGUGGACGCUUCUACUGUGAGGCUCAGAAUAAAUAUGGAUCUCAGAGAUCAGCGUCUGUUUCUCUCACUGUUAAAGGGAUUCAGAGAGCUGCUCUGCACACAGUUUCUGGGAUCGUGGUGGGAUGUGGAGGAUUGAUCUUCAUCAUCAUCAUCAUCUUCAUCAUCAUCAUUGUGUUCAUAAAGAUGAAGAAGAGGAGAGAAGGUGGAACUGAAGAUGUGAAUCAAAAGCAGGCGAGUCGACAAACACACUCCUCCAUCUACAACUGAAACACAUUGUGAUUGUAUUGUUGUAUUGAACUAUGAAUACGAUAGUGUACAUGAAGCAAUAUAAGUGCAGAAAUCUCUCUCUAUAGACGGCUGACGUGAGUGACGAUACAUACGCAGCUCUGGAUCCAGCGUCCAGAACAUCUGCUGACAUUUACAGCACAAUCGCAUCUGUUCAGUCCAGAGCUCCUGAUGACACCUACACGGCUCUUGAGCUUCAGUCCAGAUCUUCUGAAUAUGAGACUCUAGCAGUGACUUCAGCAGAUCCACAUUAAACUCUCCUCACUGUAUUACUGCUAAUAUGAAACAACUGAAGCUCCUCAGAAACUGCCCAUCAUUAUCAGCUCAUGAACAUCAUUUCAUCAUCAAUAACAUUCUGAUUUAUUAAACUGUGUAUAUUGUAAUUGAGCUUAUAAGAGUUUGCAGAAUUAUUUUUUUCUAUUAGUCUUGUAAAUCUAUAUUUUAGCCUGCAUGUCACAUUUUAUGUUUGUGCUUCAUAAGCAAAUGCAUUUUAGGAGAAAACUUGUACAAAAUAUUUAAAGUAACAUCAUAAUAACAUGUAGUUAUACUUUAGUUUCUGCUUCACUGGAGUAUUAAAAUUGAAUUUAUGUAUGUUAAUUUCACAGUUAAGCAGUAUUUUCAUGUUAAACUCAGUUCAGUCUGAAUCUGAUUGUAUUAAAGUCUCAGUUUCUCUGUCAUGUCUGACGCUCUGUUGACUGGAUUUUAUUCUACUGUAUCUUUACUGGAGGAACUUAAUCAUUUUUGUAGUGUUUAAAAGACCGAGAUCUCAAAUAAACAUUUCUCUCAUA